AUGCAACGUUACAAUAGAUAUCCAUCAGGCAUAUUUUCACUUACCAAUUGCAGAGACACACCGACGGUUUCUCAGAGUAGUUUACAACAACGAGCUACUUCAGUUAACAGAUCUACCAUUUGGCCUGUCAUCAGCCCCAAAGAUGUUUGCCACAGUUUCAAAUUGGAUUGCGGAGAUCCUGCGGGCACAGGAUGUCCGGAUACUUGUGUAUUUGGACGAUUAUCUACUACACAAUUAGGAUCGACAGAUGCUAGUUUCUCAGGUUGCGGAAACGCUGAGAACAUUGGAAACUUUGGGAAGGCAUCUCAAUUACGUGAAGUCAGUUCUAGAACCGUCUCAUAA